AUGUAUAAUAAGUGGACAGCUCUACCAGAAUUCGGCAAUUUUCUGGCAACGAUCGUCAAUAACCAGCAAACCACAGCUACAGCUGCAGGACACGUCAGCGACGAAGAUGAAGAGGAUGAAGAGUGUAUGGAUGACGAAAAUGGCAGUGACCGCCUGUCUGAUGAAGCAUCCAGUGAGAUCGAUUCGAUGGAUGACGAUACUGCUGGCGUGCACAUGUUGGAUGCACCAUCCAGUGAUGGCGUAUCCGUCGAUGAUUCAGCUGCCAGUGGUGAUCAAUUAGGAGAUGAAGAGAUGACUUCCGAUGAAAAUAAUGGAGCAGUAAGUUCAGGUCAAUAUAUCCUAUCUUUAUUUGGUCUUAAUUUUCAGAUGGAUUCAAUUCCCUCAGAUGAAAAUACAGACGGAGAAGGUAUCGAUGUUCCAAUUGAAGUUGCUGUCUUUUCGCGAAGGUAGAUAUUUACGAUACAAACACUUGACUCCUUUUUGUUUUAUAGUCAAUGUUGUUUGUAAGGAGCAAAUUGUUCCUCCAGCGGUGACUGUUCGUGAAGAAGACCGCACUGAAAUGUUUAUCCGACGCCACAUCGACAUACCUGCAGGAUCCGGAUGCUGCAAGAUACAUACUGUGGACAAACGUCUGUUACCUGAAGCGUUUCUAUCCCUGGUACCACACAAAGUGGAAGGUCGAGUUUUCUCUCGGGAAACUCUUAUUAACCUCCUUCAAUCGUAUCGUACACGAAUCAACAGUAACAAACAUCUUGAUUUCGGCGAAUGUAUGUGCUUGACAGAUGCUGAUUACAUCAAAUUAACUGGAUUUACUCGAGCUCAGCAUACUCAAAUUUUGUCACACAUGCCUUCCACUGCUCUGAAAAAUUCAAAGACACGAUCGACUCGAUCUGCUUUGGCGUAUCUUCUGAUGAAAUUGAAACUGGGGUUGAGCAAUUCGGUUUUGGCAUCACUGGUCGGCGUACAUAGCAAACGUCAAAUGAGUCGUAUCAUUUCUAAUGCUCGAGUGGCACUUACUCAACACAUUGUGCCUUCUUAUUUGGGUUUGGCUCACUUGACACGACAGGAUGUCAUCGACAAAUAUACGUCUCCACUCGCUAGUCGUUUACUGACCGAACGCCGAGACCCAUGCAUACUUGUACUCGAUGGAACAUAUCUAUAUAUACAGGUAGGAUGCACGACACACUUUUCUAAGUAACUGUCUUUUUUGAGAAAAUAGAAGAGUCGAAAUAAUACGGUUCAACACAAAACAUUCAACCUGCAGAAGAAACGAUCGUUGAUCAAGCCAAUGGUCAUGGUAACAACAACUGGGUAUAUCAUCACAAUUUUUGGACCAUUCUUCUCCAACUUUCAUAAUAAUGACGCUUCUAUUCUGAAACAUGUCAUGCUCAACAACUACGAGGACAUUGUCAAUUGGACCAAAGAAAAUGACAUCAUGAUCCUAGAUAGAGGCUUUCGUGAUUCUCUUGGUGUGCUAAAAGCUUUCGGAAUCGACGCUGACAUGCCAUCGUUUCUCAGUAAAAUUCGACGACAAUUCGACGACAAUUCGACGUGUACGAUGCCAAUUGAUCUCGCUUUGUCACGAAGCUAUGCUGGGUGGUUGAAUGUGUUAACGCACGGAUCAAGAAAUUCAGAUGGUUCAGUCAAACCAUUCAAAAUUCAUCUUUACCGAUCGUUUCUGAUUAUAUUGCCAUCGUGGCAGCACUUAGCAACUGCUUUCACGUGCCCAUGGUAACAGCUUCACCAGACGAUGACAAUAUAAUUCGACGUAUGAAUCUGCUGCUAACACAAAGUAACGUAUUGCAAGAACGCCUGAUCCAACGUGAUCUGCAGCGACAUACUAUUUGG